AUGUCUUGUGCUUUGUCUUGUGAUUAUUGUGGUUCAUUUGAGCAUCCCUCUUCAUAUUGCUAUCCUUUCGACCAACCCAUGGAACAAGUUAAUGCUUUUAAUAAUGCAAACAACCAACGGUUUGAUCCUUAUUCCAACACCUAUAACCCCGGUUGGAGGCACAACCCAAGGUUUAGUUGGAAGGAUGAUCAAACCCAAGGCCAACCUUCAAACUUCCAAAGACCACCACCACCACAAAGCUAUCAAAGUCAAGGGAGCUACCAAGGUCAAUCCUCCUCUUCUUCUCAAUUUCAAAAGCCACCUCCACCACAAAGCUUUCAAAAUCCUCCUCCCGGUUUUCAAAGACCACUCCUCAAUGCCCCACCUCCUCAAGAGUCAAAUAUUGAAACAAUGUUGAAAACUUUCAUGACUCAAGUCAACCAAAAGUUUCAUUCCAUGACCACCCAUAAUAAAAUGCUUGAAACACAAAUUGCGCAAUUGUCAUCCUCUAAUGCUUCAAGAGUUCCCGGUUCUUUGCCUCCUCAAGGGGUAAGCCCCGGUGAGACCCAUCAAGCUAAUGCUAUUGUGAUAAGAAGUGGGAAAAACAUUGUGAAUUCAACUACUAAGAGUCCAACUCAAGGAGAGAGUGAGCCCAUUGAUGAGAGUGAGCCUAUUGUUGAUACCACCAUAUAUGAGGAAGAGGUUGUGGUGAGUGAACCAAUGGUUGUUGAAGUUCCAAAGAGAGUGGUCCCUCCUUACAAGCCCAAAUUGCCUUUCCCAUCUCGUUUUGCCGGAGCUAACCUUGAUGAUUAA